AUGGCGUCCUUUGCGCAUUUCCUGCUGGGCUUCGCCCUCUGCUUGGUUCAGCUCGUCGCCGCCAACCCCGAAGAUGGCCUCCCUUCAUACCACUACGGCGCACCCAUCCACGUCGAGUGUAUGAAUCGCAGCUCCGAAACAGGCGAGCACAUCGAGAACUCGAACCACGAAAUCGAAUGGAUUCCCUUCCCUGUCUGCGAAGAGACCAAUAAGCCCCUCGAGUUCCGCUAUGGCCACGAAGGCGAGCUAAACUGCACCAUCCCCAUGGUCUCGGACCCCUUCUUCCAUCUCCUCGAGUUCUUCAUCCAUAACGACGCGCCCCUGGCCUGCCGCCUGCCCGCCCGUCCCGCCCCGGCCGUCGAGAUCAUCGGCGAGAAGCCAUACGAGCAGGAAUACAUCCCCCUCGUCUUCGCCCUCGCCGGCACCCUCCAGCUGAGCCAUCUGCACGUGAGCACCCACAUGAACGUGCUUCUGCACAGCAUGCCGAAGCACCACCUGCGGCCCCACGACUCGGGCGUCCUCGACUCCGGCACCGCCUACAGCACAAGUCCGCUGAGCCACAUGGACGGCAUCUACACAAAGAGGCUCGUCAUCGGUGACCCGUUGCCCCUGCACUUCUCCGUCAGAUGGUUCCCGACCCCCAACCUGCCUAAGUCGGAGGGUCACGUUGAGUGGCAGGGCAUGGGCGGCCACGUGUACGCCAGCACUGUCUUCUAUAUCAUCACGUCCUUCAUCGCGGGCGUGCUCGUCGCGGCGACCUACUUCUUCGGCGUCGUGCUUCCCAAGCGGUUGAGGGGGAGGGGUAUGGGCGGCGCGACGCCCUUGGGCUACGGCCUCAACGGAGUCGGCAAUGGUUGGGGAUACUCUAAAGCCGCCAAGCGGAUGGACUAG